AUUUCUCUUGCUUCUUCAUUCUUACCUUCCCUCACCCACUCCUUCCCUGCCCAUAGAAAGAGAAUAAAAAAAAUCCACAAAAAUCAAGAACUCAAAGCUCAAAACUUUGUGAUUUUUUAGAUCAAACCCAAUAAAGAAUCCCAAGAAUGAAGAAGUGUGAGCUAUGCAAGAACCCAGCAAGAACAUACUGUGAAUCAGACCAAGCAAAUCUUUGUUGGAACUGUGAUACAAAAGUCCAUGGAGCCAACUUUCUUGUUGCUAGACAUGCUCGUGCUCUUCUUUGUCAGUCUUGUCAAUUGCUAACGCCUUGGAAAGCCUCCGGCGCUCAACUAGGGCACACUGUGUCUGUAUGUGAGAGAUGUAUGUUUUCUAAUGAGAUUAACAAUCGGGAAAUUCAAGAACAAGAAGAGAAUGGCAGUUCAGAUGAUAUGGAGGAAGAUAGUGACAGUGAAAGCGAUAGCGAUAGCGAUACUAAUGAUGACGACGGUGGUGAUGAAGACGGUGGUGAUGGUGAUAAUCAGGUGGUGCCAUGGUCACCAACAACACCACCUCCACCGCCAUCUGCAAGCCCUUCUUGUUCUUGUACCAGUACUGAUGAUAAUGAUGCAGAUUUUGUCGAGUCUGUUAAUGUUCUUUCCUUCAAAAGACAACGUCUCCAGGAUGAUCUCAACCGUUCGUAUUCUCUACGGAUGUACGGAAACACAGCUACGGAUGUUUGAAAGAAAAGAGAAAGGAAUUGGACCCGACGGUUUAAUCCGGGUGGAGAGAUGUGGAGGUUGUAAACUGCAGAGUUUGUUAAGAGAUUGAGUGGAGGGUUCGAAGCCAUUGAUGUUGAUUUGUUGAGGAAUAUUAGCCGUACGAUUUGAGGAAGAUUAGGGAUAUCCUUACUAGUAUUUAGUAGUUUGACCUUUUCUAACAAAGAUAUUAACAGGAGGUUAGGGCUGUUUAGUUGUGGAUCUUUGAGACUUUGAUUGACCAUAUGGUUAAGUAAUUGUGUUGUUAAAUCUUGAUUAAUUAUCUCAAUGAUUUCUCCAUGUUGAAGCCAAAGCAUAAUUAACUAUAUCAUGUUGGGGUGAGUGCUGGCUAGCAAGUUCUCGGUGCGAGCCCAUUGUUUGGAAUGGUGUUAAUGGUAGGGACUUAGGGUUUCUUCCAUGAUUAGAGGAAAAAACUGGGAUGUGACAUUUAUUUAUUUAUUUAUUAAUAUUAUUUGUCUCAUUGAUAUUGGACUA